AUGUCUUCUGUCGACGUGGUCGAGCUGCGGGCGCGCUACACCGAGGCCGGCCAGGGCCAGGUGUUUACGUUUUUCGACGAGCUGACGGCGGCCGAGCAGGCCGCGCUGGUGCAGCAGCUGAGCCUGUUUGACCCGGAGCGAAUCAACCGGCUGGCCGAGGAAGCGCUGCACCCGACGACGGCCGCAUCGACGGGGCCGGCGCAGCUGGAGCCGCUUCCGGCGACGGCGACGGCGAGCAUCAUGGACGCGUCGGCCAGCGACAUGGCGGCCUGGCAGACGGCGGGCCUGGACCUGGUGGCGGCGAACAAGGUGGCCGUGGUGCUGAUGGCUGGCGGCCAGGGCACGCGGCUCGGCAGCACAGCGCCCAAGGGCUGCUACGACAUUGGGCUGCCGAGCGCCAAGUCGCUCUUCCGGCUGCAGGCCGAGCGCAUCCGCAAGGUGCAGGCGCUGGCGGCAGCCCAGGCUGGGCUCGCCGCUGAUGCUGUCGUGGUGCCGUGGUACAUCAUGACGAGCGGCCCGACACGUGGCCCGACCGAGGCUUUUUUCCAGGCCCACGACCAUUUCGGGCUCGCACCCGACAACGUCGUCUUCUUCGAACAGGGCGUCCUGCCGUGCAUCAGCAACGAUGGCAAGAUCUUGCUCGAGAGCCGCGGCCGCGUCGCUACCGCUCCGGACGGCAAUGGCGGCCUCUACCAGGCUCUCGUCGCGUCUGGCGUCCUCGCUGACCUCCAGGCCCGCCGCGUCGAUCAUGUUCAUGCCUACUGCGUCGACAACUGCCUCGUUCGCGUCGCCGAUCCCGUCUUCGUCGGCUUCGCUGCCCAGAAAGACGUCGAUGUCGCCACAAAGGUCGUCCGCAAACGCAGCGCUACCGAGUCCGUCGGCCUCAUCCUCCUCAAGAACGGCCGCCCCGACGUGGUCGAGUACAGCGAGAUCGAUACGGCCACGGCUGAGGCCCUCGAUCCCAACCAGCCGGCUGCUGCUGAUGCCAAUGCUGCUCCCGUCCUCAAAUUCCGCGCUGCCAACAUCGUCAACCACUACUACAGCCGCCGCUUCCUCGAAUCCAUCCCCGAAUGGGCUGCUGACCUUCCCCAUCACGUCGCUCGCAAGAAAAUCCCCUACGCUGAUCUCACCACUGGCGCCACCGUCAAGCCGACCUCCCCCAACGGCAUCAAGCUCGAGCAGUUCGUCUUUGACGUCUUCCCUCGUCUUCCCCUCGCCCGCUUCGCCUGCCUCGAGGUCCGUCGUGAGGAUGAGUUCUCUCCCCUCAAGAAUGCCCCCGGCACCGGCGAGGAUGACCCCGAAACUAGCCGCCGCGAUAUCCUCCUGCAAGGCCGCCGCUGGAUCGCUGCUGCUGGCGCACAUGUUCACGGCGCCCCCGAUGCCGGCGUCGAGGUCUCCCCCCUGCUCAGCUAUGGCGGCGAGGGCCUCGAACGCUUCCACGGCAAGACUGUCGAUGUGCCUGCUGAGCUCAAAGAGUAG